AUCUGCUAGUGGCAUCCCAAUCUGCCGGAUCGACAUCGGUUAGCCUUGAGCGAUCGGAUCCGCCGAUCGUCGAAUCCACUCCUCAAAUUAAGGGGAGAGGGGGGCCUCAUCAUCAUCAUCAUGCCUGGCACCGAGGGGGGCUCUGCGGGGGUCCCGGCGGGACGGCCUCGUUUUCGCGACGGGGUGAGGGUUCGCACAGCCAUGGCGAGCAAAUGCAUGCGGGGGCUGACGGUGGCGGCCUUGAGGAGGUUCCUCGCCCGGAACGCCUUCGUCAUUUUCACCCUGCUGGGAGUCGUCUUGGGUAUCGUGAUGGGCUUCUGCCUGCGCGUGUACCCGCUGUCUCGCCGCGAGGUGCGAUACUUUCUCUUCCCGGGAGAACUGCUCAUGCGCAUGCUGCACAUGCUCGUGCUGCCGCUCAUCGUCUCCAGCCUCGUCACGGGGAUGUCCACGCUGGAUCGCAACGCGUCAAGCCGCAUGGGCGUGCGCGCCGCCGUCUACUACAUGAUCACCACGCUGCUCGCCGUCUUCGUGGGCAUCGUGAUGGUGAUGGCCAUCCAGCCCGGCCGAGGGGGUCGCGAUGCCCCCAGGGCGCACAAUCAGCUGGAGCGACUCCACGCCGCCGACGCGUUCCUCGACCUCAUCCGGAAUAUGUUUCCCCCAAACCUGGUGGAGGCGUGCUUCAAACAGUACAAGACUCAAUAUGAGACGGUGAAGAUUCCAAGAGGCCACGCCACCACCACCGCAGCCACCGCCACCACCGCAGCCACCGCCGCAACAGCAACAGCAACAACCGAGCGCUUGAGCCUGACGGUGGCCGUGAUGAACGCCACGGCCGAGCUGCUCCGGGGGAAUGCGACCUCUGCGGAGGAGGCGGCCGGCUUCCUGCUCAACGCCACGGCGGCGCUGGCGGCGAUGCGGCCCGGCGAGGCCGACCCGGCCGGCUCGGCGGCCCCAGGCGAGGAGGAGGAGGAGCUGGUGCCCGCCGCCGGGUCCAGCAACGGCAUGAACGUGCUGGGCCUCGUGGUGUUCUCCAUGUGCUUCGGGCUGGUGUUGAGCAGCGUGCGCGAGCGCGGGCAGGUGGUGCGUGACUUCUUCGACAGCCUCAACGAGACCAUCAUGAAGCUCGUCACCAUCAUCAUGUGGUACGCACCGGUGGGCAUCAUGUUCCUCAUCACGGGCCGCAUCCUGGAGAUGGAGGACCUGGGCGCCGUCGGGGGCCAGCUGGGCCUCUACACGGUGACGGUGAUCGCCGGCCUCGCCGUGCACUCCCUCGUGGUGCUGCCGCUGCUCUUCUUCCUCUUCACGCGACGCAACCCCUGGACGUACAUCGGCGGAGUCCUGCAGGCCCUCGUCACGGCCCUGGGAACCUCGUCCAGCUCUGCGACUCUGCCCGUCACCUUCAAGUGCCUGGAAGAGAACCUCGGGGUGGACAAGAGGGUGACUCGCUUCGUGCUGCCCGUCGGGGCCACCAUCAACAUGGACGGCACGGCGCUGUACGAGGCCGUGGCGGCCAUCUUCAUAGCGCAGGUCAACGACUACGAGCUCAACCUGGGUCAGAUCAUCACCAUCAGUAUCACGGCCACAGCCGCGAGCAUCGGUGCGGCUGGAAUACCGCAGGCCGGGCUGGUCACCAUGAUCAUCGUCCUCACGUCUGUGGGGCUCCCCACAGAGGACAUCACCCUCAUCAUCGCCGUGGACUGGUUCCUGGACCGACUGCGCACCACCACGAACGUGCUGGGCGACUCGCUGGGCGCCGGCAUCGUGGAGCACCUGUCCCGGCACGAGCUGGCGCGCCAGGACGCGCUCGAGAUGGCGGAGGCCGGGAUGGAGGGAGACGUCGGUGGCAUCGCCCCCCGCAAGGGUUCCAUGUACCAGCCCAUCUGUCCCGAGGAGCCUCUCGGCUGUCGGGCACGCGUCCCACACAGCGGCGGCACCGCCGCAGCCAGCAGCCUGGAGACCAACAUGUGAAGCGGGGAGAGGGCCACGUGCUCGCAGGGCCGGCUGUGUUCGCUCGUAGCCAUUGCAAACGUGGGCCAGCUCAAUCCAAUAAGAUCUGUUAUAUCAACACCAUGGCAAGUCACCUGUGUUAAAUCAUACAGCCAUCACAACUCAGCUCUAUCCAAUCAGAUCGAUUAUAUUUGCCGUUGUAACUUGCUGACCCGCCCAUACUGGACAUCCGUGAAAAGAGCUUCAUAGCUCAUCGGAUUCCUCCAGUAUCAAUAUUCUGAUUUUGAACACCGUGACAAGUCACCCGUGUUGAAUUGCAGCCAUGGCAACUCUAUUCAAUUAGUACCUCUCCAUAAUAUGAAGGCCUCCUUCACACGAUGUGUUUUUGUGAAGGAUGUGUAUUGUUUGCUUAGUUUGUUAUAUAUAUUCUCCACAAAGAUGUUCGUGAUUAUUUUGUGUAAUCUAUUCAACCAGAUCCACUGCAAGUACUGAUGUCUAUUCAAUCGCUUCCGUUAAAUCGGACCUAUUACAAUUUAAACACAUCUGUGACAAACUGUCUUGGCAGUCGUGCACAAGCACACGUGGCAUAAAGCAACUAUUUCGUCAAUGACAUCCCUCAACAGGAAAAAAUAUAAAUGUACAUGAGUGACGUUUAGAGGAAUGGCCCUUCAUAGCAUCUCUCUGCUAGGAAUCUCUUUGCUAUGCAGAAGGACCGUUGCCCAAAAUGUCACCUCAUAUAUCGUUUCCUCUCCAAUGCCAUGUUAUUGAUGAACGUGUUGAGUUUUUCGUGCAAGCCAGUUGUAUUCAUUCAGACCCAUUGCAGCCAAGUUAUCUAUGAAGAUGGGGGGGAAUCUACGAUCAAGUCACCCAGAAUGUGGCGCAUCCUAUCCUAUCCGAUCUCAGAAACUAAGCAGGGCUGAGUCUGUUUUUUGCCUGGGUGGGAGACUGCCUGGGAAUACAAGGUGGUGUGAACUAUGACUGCAUGGUGACCACGAGAUGCAGUACAGCAAGUAGAUUCUUGAAUGUAUCUGUACAGAACAAAGUUGUUGAGUCUGUGAGCGGUUGUAUCUUUGCACAGAUUGGCCGGUAAUCAACUUGCUGUACUACAUCCCACUUAUAUUGUUUUUUUUUCUAUGGAUGAGUAUCAUAUGCACACAAUGGCUCACAAUUUGCGUGUGUAAUAGUGCAGUAAUAUUGUGCUACACACAUUACUGUGCUGUGGGCAGCUUUAGAGGGAGUCCAGCUGAUUCCCACACGCGAAACCCAACAGCCUAAUCACGAGAUUGUGUCCUGUGCUGGAGUCAUAUUUACUCAGGGUUCAACCUUCUCUCUGAAUAUUUGCCUGGUCACCGGUAGACUGGAGUGGGGUGGUACGUGACUACUUUAGUAACCACAGCCACAGCGAUAGGUAUACUGGAUGUGGUGUGCAGAGUAAGAAUAUAUUUUACGCGUCGCCGACUUGGGAGAGACCCGGUUGAAAUGAAUCCCUCUUGUGUAUUAUGUCGUAGGAGACUCGAUAUUGAGUUAUAUUACUGUGCCGGUGUAAAAGCUAGAUUUGUGUACAAUGUGCCCGAGUGCAUAUCUUGUGUGUGUGCAGUGGUCUGUAAAGAAGUUAAAGUUACAAGUGAGUUAUGCUGGUUUUGUAACGCCACAAUAAUCACAUGGCACGUUCUACUCCAUGCUUACCUGACUUAACACGAACUUGGUAUACUAUACAUGAAGAGCAAUUAACUUAAAUACCAACUCAUAACAACAAUACGGGUUCACUUUAUAAGCGUCUUGCACGUGAUCUCAUUCUCUUAAAGGAAAUUACGAAACAAUUGUGGCGUGCUGAUGAGCACUAAGAACAUGAAGCCAGUAUAAGUUGACAGUAAUGUGCAAUCUUUAAUUGAAAAGAAAUAAAUUUCGAUUUAAAGCUUUCGCGACUGCAGGGAUUCAUAUUCUUGGUUCUUUCGGUAAAGUCACGUAGAAGGGAAAUAAUAAAAUUUAAAAAAUAAAACAAUAUUCUCACGACGUUUCAAAAUUUCUUGCUAUGGUUUUCACACCUGAUGAUGAUGGCUUGUGUUGCAAUCGAAACGUCGUGAUAAUUUUAUUGGUUUAUUUUUAUUAUUUUAUUAUUUCCCUUCUACGUGACUUUACCUAAAGAACCAAGAAUAUGAAAAUAAAUACUUUGGUUCAGUCGAACUCUUCAGAGUUGUGAUAAAAAAUUCAAACUGUUCUAGAUAACGACAUUUAUGCUUUCUCCAUUUGUCUUAUUAUCAAGGAGUAGAGGGUAUUAUAGUGCGACAUCAUCGUUAUUAAACGCAACAAAUAUAAGACUACGUUAAAGUAAAAUACAUUAAUGUAAUGUGGAUGUAUCAGUUGAGUUUGUGUCUAACCAACGUGCAGGCUAUGUUAUGCAAGCUGUGUAAGUGAUGACAAAGCUAACCUGAGUUUAAAAAAAUCUGCAAAAGCAAGUUUGAAACCGACAAGAAUGAUGUUUAUUGAAGUGAGGUUAUUUACGUGUAUUGGCCAACCUUUAUAGAUUGUAGCAUAUAGUAAAUUUCAUUUUGCAUUGUUUUUUUGAGCCAAGUACUGUAGCGUGUUUGUUUUUGUGUGAUUACAUUUUAAUACUAAAAUUCGUUCGUUCGCUGUGCUUUGUGCCGAAUAUAAACGUUCAUUAUCCGUA